AUGGAGGAGGCUAUGAGAUACGUCUUCCACGGCUACGACAUGGCCGAGACAGGAGCAAGAAUGGUUUGUCUUUGCCUCCUGCAGUCAAAGAGUCCUCUCGUGCAUGGCGCAGCCGUCGAGGUGCUGCGAAGCCAGUUGCUGCCGAAACUGGCCGAACGGCUGCAUUGCGCUUGGGCUCAAAUGGCAAAGGCCAUGCACAAGGACAGCUCUGGUGCCCUCCAAGCCGCGCUGACGAUGGAGAAGGACGUGCUGGACUUGGUUAUCGACCUCUUGGGCCUUAGACAGCCUGCAGUGACGCAGGCCGUGGCAGAGUUGAUCGUCUGCGGGCCGCUGCUCUCGCAGCUUCACGUGCUGGCGGAGCGGCACCGGUACAUGAACAGACCCAAGAGCAUCUGGGAGAUAAUGAUGAUCGAUGUCGAGAACAACGGGCCCUUGCCAGCGCCGGAGCGAGUCGAUGCGAUGCAGGCCGCCGAAGUGGAGAUGGCCUGCGCUGCCGAAGAGGAUCCACCGGACCAGCUUGCUGCCGUGCUGGCCGUCCGCUCCCUG